GGGGCCGGCGUGGCGGGGGUGCUCCACCUACGGUGGGCCGCGCGCCUCUUCUCUCCGCCUGGCCCUCGUCGCCGCGGAGAUGGUGCGGCACGUGCGUUGACGGCACCCGCGCCCCGGGAGUCCCAGCACUACACCUCGCGUCCCCCGGUGAGCAUGGAGCGCCCAGAGCCCGAGCUGAUCCGGCAGAGCUGGCGGGCGGUGAGCCGAAGCCCGCUGGAGCACGGCACCAUCCUGUUCGCCAGGCUGUUUGACCUGGAACCUGACCUGCUGUCCCUCUUCCAGUACAACUGCCGCCAGUUCUCCAGCGUGGAGGACUGCCUUUCGUCCCCCGAGUUCCUGGACCACAUCAGGAAGGUGAUGCUCGUGAUUGACACUGCAGUGACCAACGUGGAGAACCUGGCCUCUCUGGAGGACUACCUUGCUGGCCUGGGCAGGAAGCAUCGGACAGUGGGCGUGAAGCUCAGCUCCUUCUCAACGGUGGGCGAGUCCCUGCUGUACAUGCUGGAGAAGUGCCUGGGCCCUGCUUUCACACCGGCCGUGAGGACCGCCUGGAGCCAGCUCUACGGGGCCGUGGUACAGGCCAUGAGUCGAGGUUGGGAUGGCGAGUAAGAGGCAGCCCGGCCCUGCGGACCCCCACCUGUCAGUGUUUCUGUCUGUUGAUCUGUGUCUGUUGUAGCCUGACUCCCCCAAGCCUCCCUGCAUGUCUGUCCUUGUUCCCUUGGGCAUCUGAGAGGUGAUGGAGCAGGCUGGGGGCAUCAGUCCUCACCCCCCAUGCCCCUGCCAACUGCAGACAGGGGUGACUUCCUUCAGGAAGGGGCUUCUGGAUUUCCUUUCUCCCCCACUAGCCUCUUCUCUGCCUGCCUUCUUUCCCCUCUAGCACUCCCUCUUUCUCAGGAGUUUUGGGGGGAGGUGGCACCAGGCCAGGAAGGUGUGGGGCUUUUAGACAAUGGGGCUCUUCGGUCUGCUCACCUCCUCAGGUGAGCUUGGGCCAAGUGGGGAAAUGGAAGCUGAGCUGCAGGCCCUUUCCCCAUCUUGCCUGCCUGUGCCUUUUAGUGCUUUCCUAUCCUACAGGAAUUUGCCUUUCAGAAAUAAAAAGAAGGAACAGCUUUAGCCUUAAUGGUGGACGCGCAGGCAGUGGGAGCAGGUCGUCAGGAGAACUAAGGAAGGGGGUGUCACCUGGAGCCAUGAUUAGGUCUCAGGGGCUACUCAGAUGCCACCUGAGUUGCCAUUGUUAUUUUUUUUGCUUUUGCAGUAUUUCCCUUUCUCUCCUGAGCCCUCCUGAUGGAAGCUCCCUCACUGUUGCUCUGUAGACCCCCAGCUAGCCAGCAAAGGGUGGGGUGGGUCUGGGGAAGGACAACGAGGGAGGGGUGAGGUUCAUUCCAUGGAGAUCUGAGUUUCCAGUGGGCAGGGUUUCAUCUCCCCACCCUCCUUCCUGCCUCUUUCCCCAACAACUGUCAGUCCACUGCCCCCCAUGUUUAAUACCCUGUGUGUGCUUGAACUUAGGUGGAUGGGUGGGAGAGAAAGCAGCAGGAGAUGCCCUUUGCCUCCCCUCAGGUCGCCUGCACUUUUUUCUUUUGCUCUGUGCUGUGGAUGUAUAAACUCAUGAGGAAUAAACCUGUUCUGUGUGCCUCUC